AUGGGGAACAAAAUGGCGUCGCUGGUUGCGAGCUACACGGGAUUUGCUGGCAAUCUUGUGCAUUUACCAGCGAUCGAACAGCUUUCUCCGCGUAUAAUACGUAUUCUUGGAUGUAACCCCAGUCCUAUGACUCUUCAGGGUACGAAUACUUACCUCGUAGGCACUGGAAAAAGGUAAGAAAUCUUGUAAGAUCCAAAGUCAGCUGAUAGGUUUAAAAGCUCCUACACAGGUCACAUGUAACUUAUAAGCGGAAGGUUAGAUUAUAGUCAUCAGUAUUGAGACAGUGCUAGUGUUCGCUUGUCAUGUAGGUGAUGAUAAAAAUUAUGGUGAGAUAGAAUAAGGUAGAAGACAAAUUUAGGGAAAGUUCAUUUAAUAUGACAAGGGGGGGGGGGAUGAAGAUAUUGAGGGGGGGCUCCGAAAAUUUUUAGACACCCGAAGGGGGGACUCUGAAAAAAUUGUUGCGCUAGGAGGGGGGGCUCCGAAAAUUUGUAUACUUCAAAACCAACACAUGACAUCAUCAUACAGAUCGGAUGGUUUUCAACUCAACAAUUUAAUGACCUGUGCAACUCAGCUAUAUCACGUGGUUUACAGAUAUAACAAAUGUAGUCUCAGUAAUUAUUACACUCUUGUUCAUCCCAAAAAUGCUUUAGAAAAUUGUAUCACAACUGUAUCUCAAGUUUGUCAUAGUAUAAACCAUUGAAGACAAUAACGGUAAAUAUAUUUAAUACAGUCUAGCGAUCUUUUUUCAGGGGAGCAAAGGAAAUGAAGGAGGAGGGGGGGGGGCUCUGAAAUUUUUUCGACUACCAUGGAGGGGGCUCCUAAAAAAUUGAACAGCUAGCGAGGGGGGCUGCUAAAAUGUCAAGCUUCGAGUUUCAAUAUCUUCAUCCCCCCCCCCUUGUCAUAUUAAAUGAACUUUCCCUUAGGGGGACGCUAGCAACUUUUUACACAGGAGUUAGAUUCCAGUGCACAGGAACACCAGGUUCGUACGUAUACUUGUUUGUCGAUCACUGAUUAUUUAACCUUUGAUAUUUGAUUGACAUCAACACAAAAUACGAUAUAGAUAGCUUAGAAGAGACUUUAAGAAGAGGGAUGUGCAAAUCAAAUCUCACCCUCAUUGUCAACUACUGAAUAUCUAGGGUGCAUUCCUUUAGGAUGAUCCGGAUCAGGAUCAGUGAUCCGAGAUCACUCAGAUCAUGGUAGAUCAAAUCCUUGUCCAGAGUGGAUUCGUGGGCUCAAUUGAUUUACCAUCAUCCAACUGAUCUCGGAUCACUGAUCCUGAUCGGGAUCAUCUCAAAGCUAAGGAACACACUCCUAGUUUACAUUAAAUAGACCUUGUUUUUGACGCCAUCUUGAUGAGUAGGCAAACAUGUGAGAAAUUACAGUGAUUGUAUGAGAAUCUAAUGUCAAAUAAUUUGUGUAGAAUGGCUGUUCUGAAAUAAAUAUGAUUUGUAAACUAAAGCUUCACUCCUAAGGAUUCUCCUGAAAAGAUUUGAGGGCAUUACAUGCACUAAAAAACCUAGAACCACUUUUUUAAAUUUUCUAUAGACUUGUCUAUAAGAAAGUCCCGGGAAAAUUACAGACAAAUAUAUGGAAAAUCUACAGCAAGCCUCUCAAGAAGUUUAAGCACAGGUACGCCCCCAAAAUUCUUUAGGACAAUCCUUUGCUUUGUACCUUUACUUUACAAUUGAUAUUUUUUUUCAGAACAGCUGUUUUACUGAAAUUAUUCGACAUUAGAUUCUCAUGCAAACACUGGAAAUUUCUCACGUGUUUGCCUACUCGUCAAGAUGGCGUUGAAAACGGUGACAAGGUCUAUUAUUGUUUUGAUUGUCUCAUUUGUAUUUUCUCACAUGAUCUGUUCAUUUGUCAUCACCUCUAGCCGCAUUUUGAUUGAUACUGGAAGUGGGGGUUCAGGUGAAUAUAUAGCACAUCUCAAAGAAGUAUUAACUAAUAAUCAGACCACUAUUCAAGAAAUUCUUGUAACACAUUGGCACCCAGAUCAUGUUGGAGGUAUCCUUGAUGUUGUUAAAGGCCUUGGAGAUGCAGGUAAUUAUACUUAAGUAGUUAUAAUAAUUAUAAUUUUUUAUAAUAAUUAUACUUAAUCAUGAUAUAAUACUACAUACAUGUAUACUAACGAUGGUGAUUCAAAUUACAGGCAAUGUGAGAAUUUCAAAACUGCCACAGGAGGGUGUAUCUGAAGAGAUUGGUGGUCAUACAGCUGCACAUAAAUAUAACUUUCUUAAGGAUGGAGAUGAAAUUACAACAGAAGGAGCCACACUGAAGGUUUACCACACACCUGGUCAUACUACAGAUCAUAUGGUUCUUUACCUCAAGGAAGAAAAUGCUGUCUUUUCUGGAGAUUGCAUCUUAGGCCAGGGAACUGCUGUAAGUAUUUUUUAGGAAAAAGGAAUUAAACAUAAAGUAAAGUUGGGUGUUGUAGGAGAUUGGAAGUUGUUCUUAGAUGUGUUAUUUGCCAGUGCCAGUUGAAAAAGUGGAUAGUUAUAAUAUAUGGAGGGGAGACUGUGUUUGGCUGAUGGUACUGAUGCACUCGUAGACUUGAUACGACAACCACACCUGGGAACCAAGUGGCAGAUUUUUUGUAUGUAACAUGAGUGGUCAUAUUUUAGUUGUGAUGUUCAAACUCCUGCCUUUUAAAACAUUGCUGAAUGAACUUGGUUUUGUUUAAUUUGUUGUUCAGAAUUCUUGUUGCUGCCAAAAGAUGUGUCAUGGUAAGUAACAAAGAUGUGAUGCGUUUUCUGAACAACAAAACAACGUGGACACCAAAAAGAAAAAGCCUUACAUGUAUCUCCUGAAGAUUUUCAGAGAUUUUCUUGAUUUUUUUAUCAUUUUUAAAGGCAGGAAACCUAUUUCAGCUACACAGAUUAGUUUUUCAUUUUAUUACACAGUGUCAUUUUUGUAUGGUGAAAGCAGCUAUUUGAUUUUUUUUUCAGGUGUUUGAAGAUCUCUUUACAUAUAUGAAAUCUUUGCAAGCCAUCUUAAACUUGUCUCCACAUCUGAUUUAUCCUGGACAUGGGCCUGUUAUACAAGAAGCUGUUUCAAAAAUCACUGAAUACAUUGAACAUAGAAACUUAAGAGAAAAACAGGUGGGUUACAUGUAAUUUGCUUGAAAUAUAUUUAUUAUUUUAAAGUUCAAAAUUUUUAGCGGGGAUGAGACUUGGCUAAAAGUAUUAUUAUUCAUUCAAAAUAUUUCCCCAAUUCUGAUUGGCUAAAAGCACACGCAUAAUUCACCAUAACCAGUCACUGAUGACCAAAUUUGGAAGAAUUUUGUGUUUAACGAGGAAAUGGCGUCAAAAAUGCAGCCCGCUACAGGUUAAGGCACCAUUAACAAGAAGACCUGGGGAGGAGUUUGAGUUGUUUUGGUUGCGAAAAAAAAGGCAGACAUUUCAAUCGUUUCAAGAGUAAGAACUACAGCUGGAACUAGGCGAAAUAAUAGCUAAAACAUGGCAAAAACAGCAAGAAGACAACUCGGAGAGCGACAUCUGCUAUUUGGAGAAUAUUUGUGGAGCUGGACAAACCUAAACAUACACUAUCAAAGAUGAACUGAACAUCGAUGGAUCGAUGGAGGUAAGCAUGUAGCUACGUGGGUGUAUGUUUUUAAACUAGGAAUUAUUUUGAAUGAAUAAUAAAACAAUUAUUAAAUUUGGCUUUCGUAUCAUAUGAAGAAUUAUGGAGAUCUCGGAGGGUAUUAUCCGUCGAGGCCAUAACACCCUUCUCGAUCUCCAUAAUUCUUCAUAAGAUACUCAGCGUCAUUCAUUAACUGUUAAUUAAUUCAUGAUACAGUACAUGCUACAAGUACAGCGUAAUUCUUUUAUUCUUUCAGAUACUUGAAGCCCUAGAAAAAGAUCCCAAUGAUGCAGUAACUGCAAUGGACAUUGUCAAGAAAGUUUACACCGUAAGAACUAGUACUACUGUAAUAAUGAAUUAAGAAGUUAGGGAGUGUGGGUGUAGCCUGUUCACAGACCCUCAAUUUUCUCUUCAUAGUCCGUCAACCCCAUGUGUUAAAAAAUAGAAACUGCAGGGGAUUUAUUGACCACCAGCACAAGGGUAGGGCUUUGCUUCCGCGCUCACGGAUCUUUUUGAAAAGAACAGAAAGAAAAGUGUACUGGCUAGUGUGGUCAUUCAAAGGUCAAAAGGCUCUUGCUCCAGUUCUGUGCUUUGCAUAAGUUUCAUUUGAUGGAAGGUUCACAUACGCAUGUCCAGAUUGCAUUCUAUACAUUUUUCAUUCUUAGUGGAACUCCAAGUGAAUGGUGGCUAUAAUAUAUAGUCAAUGUGCCGUGAUGCCUAAUAGCAAUGUGGAGAUUAGGAUUGCUGGGUCCUCUGGUCGCCGGCAAUAAAUCAUUGUUACUUCUUAUUUACUGCAAGUAGAUACACUGUAUACAACAUGUUUAUAAACAUUCAUGAAGUAAUGAAAUUAAAGGGGCCUGUCUUUGCUGAUUUAGUGCAAGAUUUUUCAAAGUAGUUCUUGUGAUCUGAUCUAAAAGUUUAAAAAUCACAAUGGUAAUAUUAUUAAUUUCAUGCUGGAUAUUGUGAUGAAAAAGACAAAUCACUUUCAUUCAUUGUUGUUUCAGGACACUCCAUGGCACUUACAUAGAGCAGCUGAGAACAAUGUAAACCAUCAUUUGACAAAACUUGAGAAAGAAGGACGAGUGUGUAAGUACUUAAACUAUGAAUUAAAGUGGCCAUAA